AUGCCCACUUCCCCCGCAACCAGCCCGGUUCCUCCACCUGUAUUCAUGCCUCAAUUCUCCAGCACCUCACCGGCUCCAACUCCUAUACCGAUGCCUCCUUCGAAAGAAAAGCCGGCUUCAAAGCUUAAUAAAGAUGACAGUUCCAAUCCGUCUAUCAAAUUUCCUCUACCCAAGUUACGCCUCGAGUUGCGGGAUCUCAAUCAUGCAGGAUCGCAUACUUUCUUGACCGCCGUUAUAGCGAACGAGGCUCUACAGACAGCAGUUCAAAGCGUUCUCACGCUACUAUAUGAGUCUCCUGAUUGUCCUACCACAACUCCGACUCCAACUCGAUCGGUGACCCUGAUACUCCGAUCCAUGGAAGGUGUGGCAUAUACAACAGGUAGCGACCUUGACAAUGACCACAAGGAGAUACAUUUAUCCCUAGAUUACAUACAGCACGAAUCAAUUAAGCCGGAUCGAAAGAAGCAUGAGAUCAUGGGUGUGUUGACUCAUGAAAUGGUACAUUGCUAUCAAUACAAUGGAUUCAACACUUGCCCUGGUGGCUUGGUUGAAGGAAUUGCAGAUUGGGUUCGAUUGAACGCCAAUUUGAGUCCACCUCAUUGGAAAAGAGAGGCUACCGGGAAAUGGGAUGCAGGUUACCAACACACCGGCUAUUUUCUUGAAUAUCUGGAACAGAGAUUCGGUAAAGGUACAGUAAGAAGGGUGAAUGAAAAGUUGAGAGUUGAGCGAUACGAGGAGAAACGAUUCUGGACUGAACUUUGUGGAAGGCCGGUAGAACAGCUUUGGAAAGAUUACUCGAAGCAUCUGGAAGCAGAGGAGAGGAAAGCUGAAGAAGAAGAGUGUGUGAUUGUGGAAAAGGAAGAUGCUAUAACACCCACAAAGUCCAAGUCAGAAGGGAAUAAAGUGGCGCUUGCCACAAAAACGGAGGAAACGAAAGAUAGCCCCACAAACACUGAGAAGCCUGAGUGA